UAAAACUUCAUGGAAGAAAAUUGCUCAAUAAGGACAGAAUAUAAAAGGUGAACAAGAAACCAGUUUAACUAAAAUUUUUGAGUAAUAAGAAGAAGGUUAAGGUAAUGUCUUCAAAUGACAACCUUGAAAGAUGUUUCAUUGGAAAAAAUCUUGAAGAGAAGUGCCACCUACUUACUUAUACAAAGGUAGCUGGAUUAAAACCCUUUGAACUUCUAAACGAUGAAGAAAAGGAUUUGGUUUCAGUGAGAUCAGGAGUUGUACCAGGCAAAGGAAUGACAAUAUGCUUUCAUCAUGAGCAAACUCUCUUAAAGCAGUUCACUUCAUUGCAAAGGAGUUGUUGUGACCCAUUUGUAAGACAUAAAAAGGCAGUUAAAGGAUGUUCACGGGAAAUAACACAAGCAUUGGCUAAGGAAUUGCAGCAGGUUAAUGUUGAAGUGGUGCCAGGUUGGAAGCUUUGCCCAACAUGUCGUAGAGAGGUUUCAAAAAAACUGGCAAAUGUUAAUGAGGGGGAGACACUGCAGCCUGAAUUGUACGAUGGGAUCCUCCAAGAAACCAAAGAAACUGAGUUGCUAGAAGAGCUUCACAGAGAUGAGGUGCGAGAAAAACUCAAUUCUAGCUUGGAAGAGAUGGAUGUUAGCCCCAUAAAACUUCACGGAGUUGCAUCUCACUCUAGGCCUGCGUAUGGAAAGCGCAAGCUUACACAAAUUGAAAGCAGACUGCAAGAACAGAAGAAAGUUAUCCAGAAACAAAUAUCGGAAGCUAUGAAUGUGACAACAGAGUCAAUCCAGAUCUCAGAACCAUCAAUACCAGACAACUAUGAUGAAGUAAAGAAGAAAGCAGAUGAUCUGGAUAUCCUUGUGUCAUUGAUGAAAGAGAAACUCAAAGUCUCAAACAGAGGACAAAGACUGCAAAUUCUAACACUUGCACCUCGGUCGUGGUCUAUUCCGAAAACCAUGGAAGAAUUUGAAGUGACAGCUUACAUGGUAAGACAAGCAAGGAAGCUAGGUGCUGAAAAAGGAAUACUGGGAACGCCAAAUGAAAAGAAAGGGAAAGUCAUUUCUGAAGAUUUAAAACAAAGAGUUGUUGCGUUCUAUUGUGAUGAUGAGUACAGUCGUCAAAUGCCAGGAAAAAAAGACACAGUCAGCAUCAGAAGAAAUGUCCCUGUCCAGAAAAUGCUUCUUUUGUGUAACCUUAAAGAGCUGUAUUCUCUCUUUAAGGUCCAAGAUCCUGAAGUGAAGAUUGGCUUCUCAAAGUUUUGUAGUUUACGGCCAAAAUGGUGUGUAUUGGUUGGUCGAUCUGGCACACAUUCUGUAAUAUACUAA